AUGACAGAGAACGAGGAUUUGCUGGCCCGCAUUGGUCAGCUCGCAGUUGGCACAGGCCGUAUCAACCAGCACAAGAACCAGUCAUCCCAGCCGCAUCCUGCCUCUUCCUACCAACCCCACCAUGUUUCGCGUCAUACCCCUUCUCACGCGGGGUGGGCUCCUUACUCUCGAGGCAGAGGUCGCCGCCCAGUAGCUCCGCAUCGUCACCGCACACUGGUAUUGAAUAAUGCCCCUAGUUCAAAUGGGACCCCAGUGUCCUCGCCAGGCCCUGCAAGCGACAAUGAUGGCGAGACGCGCCCCGCAACAACAUCGAAUGGCUGGGUUGCCAAACGCGAUCGCCACAUGCAACUGAUCAACUCCGCGGUCUAUGACAAAGAAACUCAAGCUAGAGCUAAGGCUAUGGAAGAGACUCGGAAGAUGAAAGCUUUGAGACGAGCUGAGCGUGAACAGACGAAGGUUCUUCGCUAUGCCCAAGGCACUGUGCCUGCGGGUGUCGCAUCAGUCCCCGCGGCUGCGCAGCCCGUCGCCCACCAGAUUCUCGUUAACGAUGUUCCGUUCAAGAUUGCGCGCGGUGGCAGCAAGCUGAUUCGGAUUUCCAGUACGUGGGAUCAUAACAAUCUCUCGCCCAUAAUUGGCUUACCCAUAAUAGACGACCCAAACACCGCCAAUACCACCCCGAAGCGAGUCACAGUCGCGGGAGUGGCCUUUGUCCGAAGCAAAAACGGCAACCUACACCGUCUUGGCGCUGUGACUUCGAAAAAAACACCGAACCCCGCCAAGAAGCGGGACGACCUUUGCAAGAGAUUCACUACGACCGGUACCUGCUAUAAAGGCCCCUCAUGCCUAUACACUCACGACCCAAGCAAAGUGGCCCUCUGCAAGGAUUUCCUUCAAACAGGUGAAUGCCCAGCAGGUAACAGCUGUGAUCUCUCCCAUGAGCCCUCGCCCCACCGCUCCCCCUUCUGUAUGCAUUUCCUUAGAGGCCGUUGCUCCAACCCUACCUGCCGCUAUGCGCAUAUCCGCGUAACCCCCGGAGCCCCUGUCUGCCGCGCCUUCGCGACACUAGGAUACUGCGAAAAGGGCGCCGAGUGCACCGAGCGCCAUGUGCACGAGUGCCCAGACUACGCGAACUCUGGCGUUUGCCACAAAAAACGGUGCAAGUUACCUCAUGUCGAUCGCGCGGGCCAGAUUCGCAAGGCUGCGGCCGCGAAGGCUGAGCAGAACGCGGAUCGAGACCGUAUGGACGAGGAUUCUGACCCUUCUAGCGAAGAGGAGGAUUAUGACGCGAUUGAUUCGGACGAUGUUGACUCGGAUGAGUUCGAUGAGCCGGAAGAGUUACUGGAUGGUGUGGAUAGUGGCGAGACGUCGAACCAACAGGACUUCAUUCACAUUUAG